CUCAGUGACAUGCACCGACGCAGGAACCCUGGUAGUAACAACAGGCAAAGGCUCAAGUAUGGGCCCGGGCCUGCAUAGCUCGUCGCCUCGCCAGCUCUGCCUGAUCUGGCACCUGGUUCCACCCAACCUUUCUUUGCCUUGCUCUUGUCUCGUCGCCGCCGCGGGCGCUUCUCGGUGCACGGAUCCCCCAACUUGCCGACAACGUGGUCAAGGCCGCUGCCGAAUCCCCUCAGCUGGGCCGGUGCUCUUCUAUCACCACCACUGCCGUACCAGGCGAGCGAAAUGGCAACGCAUCUGCGCGAGAAGCGCGUAGCCAAAGAGCGCCACAAGAUCGACAAGCAUGGCCUGCCGCCUGGCAUCGAGCUCGUCGACGGCGACAGCCUCAGGGAGUGGACGCUGGACAUCCGAGUGCUCGACAACAACCCUCUAUACAAGGACCAGUCGUAUCGGCUCAAGUUCCUCUUCCCGGAGUCGUACCCGAUAGAGCCGCCUGAGGUCACGUUUGACGAACAGCCGAACCGCCCUAUCCCUAUGCACCCUCAUAUCUACUCCAACGGCAUCAUAUGCCUCGACCUCCUGGGCAGUCAGGGUUGGAGCCCAGUUCAAAGCGCAGAGAGCGUCUGCAUGAGCAUACAGAGUAUGCUCACGAGCAACACCAAGAACGAACGACCGCCCGGAGACGCCGAGUUCGUCCGGGGCAACAGACAGCGGCCGCGUGACAUCGAAUUCCUCUACCAUGAUAACACCGUAUGACAUACGGAAUACUUGACAUUAUCCGCAUCUUGUGCGAGCGAUCGAGUUGCAUUUUUUUGCAUUUGGAAAACAUGGGUUGGGGACGGCGCAUUGUCUCGAUCGACCAGGCGCUUGGGAAACGCAUUCGCACAAUCCACUUUUAGAGCAGCAACUGGCGCGUCAUACUUAUGAUUCUAUCGAUUUCCAAGGAGACCCUUUCUAUCGUCCUGAUCUGGUGCGGCUAGGUCGACGUGCUCUCCUUCGACAGGAGCAAGUUGCCGCAUUCGUUCUGGGUAAAUCCCGAGUACACCCGCAAUGGGAGCUUGAGAACAGCGGCUGGGCUUUGUGUGAGGAGAAAACACGGCGGUUGGAGCAGGAAGUGCAUCUGCAUAGUAAAACAGACCUCUUUUCUCUGGUCAUCAUUUGCUUGUGAGUUGUGUG